AUGAACACUUCACAACCAGGACAUGUCGAGUCUCAAUUCGACCUAGUGGGCGGUCCAUUUGCUGUAAUAGAAUCGGACCCUGGUGUGUUCACCACCCUUAUCCAGAAGCUCGGAGUACAGGGCCUUGAGGUCCUCGAGCUGUACAGCAUCGAGCCCUUCGACACAGACCACCUCAACCCCUACGGCCUCAUAUUCUGCUACAUGUGUGGCGACGAGGAGACAAGCAAGGCCAACGAGUUCGGCGAAGAGGACGACCUCGACGAUCCAGACGCCAACGACAUCUGGUUCGCCAAUCAGCUGAGCGACGACGCUUGCGCGUCGCAGGCGAUUCUGAACGUCCUCUUCAACUGCAACGGCAUCGACUUGGGCCCGGAGAUGACCGCGUUCGCUGCCGACACGGCGCAGAUGUCGCGGGUCAUACGGGGCCUCGCGAUCUCCAACUCGACGACCGUCAGGGAGGCGCAGAACUCUCUCGCCCGGCAAGGCUCCCCCGCAUCUCUCACAGACAACCCACUAACUUCCCUGCGCCGCAGCCCCGCCGACCUGCGCGGCGCAUUCCACGCGCUCGCCGCCAGCGCCCUCGAGUCCGCCAGAAGCAAAGCCAAAUCGAGCGCAGCAAGCUCCCCGGCGGCGAAGCGCAGGAAGACCGGCGGCGCAUCCGCGUCUGCCGCGCGACGCAAGCCCGCACGGUCCGCCGCCGCCGCCGCGCCCACCACCGACGCGUACCACUACAUCGGCUACGUCCCCGCGCGCGGGCGCGUCUGGGAACUCGACGGCCUACGCGCGGCGGGGCCGCUCGACGUCGGCGCGCUCGACGGCGCGGCCGACGACGGGGAUCCCCAGCCUGCGGCCGCGCGCGCGGGGUGGAUGGACGUCGUGCGCCCGGCGCUGCGCCGGCGGAUGCGCGCGGUCGCCGGGGGCGGGCACAUCCAGUACAACCUGCUCGCGCUCGUCGACGACGCGUACCGGCGGGCGAGCGACGAGCUCGAGAUGCUGAAGCGCGAGCGGAACGCGCUCGAGCGGCGGCUGGCGGGCGGGGAGGCGGAGUGGAUGGACAAGGUCGAUCCCGCGCUUGCGGCAAGUGCGGAAGGGGCGUUCGCGACGAGCCUCCGUCCUGACGGACGAGCCACAGGCAAGAUGUUCAGCGCGGGCUUUGGAAGGGAGAAGUUGGAGAAGGAAAUCACGAUACUGGAGAUGCCCGUGCGUGAGCUCACGCCCGCGUGGGAGCGCUGCGUGAGGGCCGCGCUGGGGAAGAAGACGGCCGUGGAGGAGGAGAUCGUGAAGUCGCAGCGCGCGCAGGCCGACAACGUGAAGCGCACGCACGACUAUGAGCCGUUCAUCAAGGAGUUCAUCAUCUCCAUGGAGAAGGAGGGCAUCCUGGAGCGUGCCUUGAAUGACGCAGCAGGGCCUGGAGCGACAGAGCGGCCAGCUGCGAGCGUAAUAGGCACGAUGAAGAGCAAAAGCAAGGGGAGGGCAAGGAAGUAG